AUGUCAACAUCUAAGUUGGGGUCAGGGAUCCCUGAAAAAGAAUUUGAGCAGAGGCUGAUAGACACACACAUAAUUGUCCGAUUAAGUUUGUUUAGGCAGGAGGGUAAAGUUUUUCAUUCGCUAAGCCUAAGAUGGCAGGAAGACAUAUGCAAAGUAUACAUCCUAUCGAAUCUGGGGUUCACAUUUUCGUCUUGGAUCUCCUUGUUGAUAUGGUUGGCCCCAAAGUCUGACGUGGAAAGAUUAGAGUGCCAAACUGUUAUUGCUUGCAUAUAUCCCUUGUUGUGUACAAUAAUCCAUGGACUGUUUGCCAUCGUCCUAACCACUUACCUGUUGUUGCUUGGGAGGCGGAUGGUUGCGUCAGUCAUCAACAAAGGGUUGCAGAAGAGAGUUUACAUACUUAUAUUUCUUGCUUCAAGUUUCCUUCCUUUGAGGGUUAUUUUGCUUGGGUUUUCAGUUUUGGCUAGACAAGAGCAUUUUCUCUUUAAAGCUCUUGUCUUUUAUGGUUUUCUUGUGCUUUUUUUGUACGUUGUAGUGGGUAUUUUUAUGGUUGUUUACUUACCUGUUGCGGAAUUAAAUCAGGAUUUUAAUGGUUUUAACCUUUGUAGUCAUUAA